UCUUGACUGUGUUAUCGUAAUCUAUGUUACAGAAACACAAGGAAAUAUCAAAUUGGAAAGACCGGAGGAAAGUGAAAAAAUGUAAACAUCGUAUUUCUAUUAUUCAAUCACCAACGACAGAUUGUCAUAUUUUCGGAAAAAAAGUUUGGACUAAUUACUUAAUAUUUAAGGUGAACAUCGACUAAGUAGAAGUAAGGAUCACCAAUUUAAGGAUUUUUGAGACAAUACUGCCUUAAGUUUUGACUUACUGUUGAAAAAUGAAAUAGAAGGUUAUAUAUUUGGAUGACAUUCAUUACUGGUAAUACAUUGAUUUAAAAUAUUAUCAAACAAUUUUUGAGAGAGAAAUGACCAAAUUGCAGCUUUUAUUGUGGGAGAAGAAAAUAUAUACGUCUACUUUAAAACUGAAUUUUAUUGUUUGAUCGUGGUUAUUGACUCCACGAUCGAGUAAACCAUUAAUUAAAAAAUAGGAUUCCUGUUGAAAGAUGAUGUAAACACAGAUUUCUAUACAUAGUUUGAAGGUUUAUAUGAGAUAACCUUUAUAAACCGAGGGAGAAAGCAUUAAUAUUUUAAAAAGUACAAUUUUAUAAGAUCAAAUCGGAGUCUAAAAACCACUAUGGAUGCACCAAAAGAAGCUGAGAAAGAUCCAGCAUUCUUGAAACUCGCGAACAAUGUAACGCUUGUGAAAAACCAUAUAAGGAAACACAGAGGGUCUAUUAUUUCUCACCAAACAUCGGGACGAAAAGAUACCAGCCCAAGAGAGUCUUUCGAUGCCAGGGAGAAAUUACUACGCGGUAUGCGAACGCUCCGUUUUGGCAGCGCAAUUUCAGAAGUUUUGAAACUCGAUGAGUUAAAAAACUCUACACCUCCGAGUCAAGUAAGAUUCAAGCGAAAGAAACUGAAAGAUAUCGUUAAGAAAAUGACUGAGCAGAAAAUAGUUACAGAGGAAACGUCGGAUCACGUUGAACUCACGCCAUAUCAGAGACUUCGACAGAAGGCCAAAGCAGUACUAUUGAUGAUCAAAGUCUUUAAGGCAUGUCAAGAUUUCAUGAGCGAUGAGGUGUCACGUGAGAACUGGUACAACAUGGCCGACAACAUUACAGGGACCAUCGACAUCUCACCGAAUAGGAACCGAGCGUUCAUGACAUUCGUGCCAAAUGAUAAACACGAGCUGGAGCAACUGACCUUCGAUGUCUACCAGUUUAAAAGGGAUCACAAGGCAGAGAAUGUGUUAACAGAUCAGAUCAGAAACAUUCUACGUUCUCCUUUUGAAAAACGCACAUCAGAACAAAUAAACGAGACGCUCAUGUGUAUGAAGAAACUUUCGGACAAGUUCAACAGCUACCCACUCGAUGUCCAAAGGAAACUGUGUACCCACGCACAGUAUAUCCACAUGUAUCCGAAUCGUGUUAUAUUAAAGAAGGGUCAUUUUCCAGAUGGCGUCUACGUCGUACUCUCAGGCAUGCUGAUCGAAAAGUCCGAAGAUGACAAGAAGCCAGUUGAGCUAAGACCAUCAGACAUAUUUGGGGAAGACGAUUUGAAAUGUGGGUCACCAAGGCGGGUAACGGUUGUUACCAAAGCAAUUACAGAACUCUUCUAUGUACACAGAAUAGAUUAUCACAACAUAUUCUACACCGCACCAGAUGCAGACAACCCCAAAAAUCUAGAUAUUUGCAAACGAGAUAUAGUAUUCCAACAUUUUAAUAUGCAGAAACUGGUGGACAACCCAAACACGUGGUCUGUGAUGUCAUACAAAUUCGGAAGUUUAAUAGCGAGGGAUAGUAACGCAGUCGAAUUCAUCUAUGUUCUGAAAUCGGGAGAAGCCAGAGUUAUAAUGUAUCUUGAUGGCACAAAUGUAGAUAUGAAGGCACAGCGUCGCAGACUUAAAGCCAAUACUAACGCACAAUGUCCGUACAACAGAAAGAGGCAAAUUCUAAGCUUUGAGGAGGAGCGGGACUUCACUAAAUCUGCCUAUAAGGUUGGACAAUACAAUCCAGGAACAAUUUGCCCACAGUCAGCACCCGCUGGUGCACAACGGGAACACCACCAGGGAUGUAUGUCACCAACCCUACGAACCUACUCCUCGCCGCCAACUAGAUCAGUCAAUAAACUUGCUCACAUCUUAACUCCUAAACCUUUGGAGGACGAUAUCGUUAUUAAAAUUGAUACGGAAAGUGAUGACAGUGAUGAAACCGAUGAUGACGAUACAGAUGAACCGCUUAACACAGAAAGGGCAAUUGAACAAAUGGCAGAGGCUAAUGAACCAGAAGAUUAUACAAAUGAAGAUACCGCUGAAACAACCGGGUACAUAGAGACGGGAAAGGGUGGUGAUCACCGGGGAAAUGAUGGCAAAUCUCGGCAAAAACGGAAAUCUAAGAUAAACAUAUCUCCGAUUUCAAAUUCAGAAAGCAAAAUAACAGUGCCUCCAUUUGUACAGCUGGAGUCCUUACAUGCCGGACAAAUAUUUGGACUUAGGUCAUGCUUAGAUCCAGAGGAAAGGGGCCCCAGCGUAAGUUUGGUUAGCGGAGGCUGCGAGGUGGUGCAAAUUAACAAACGAUUCUUCAUGAAGCACAUCGAUGAGUCAAUAUACAGUCUCAUAAGGCUAAAGUUCAAGCCAUUCCCUUCGCAACAGGAGAUGAUUGACAGACUAAGUACUAAUUUUGAAUGGCAGGAAUUUAAACAGGACAUGAUUGGAGACUUCAUCAGAUCCAAGACAAAACCAGACCGUUCGUCAUACACAAAUACAACAUGAUAUCAUUCACUGCUGUCAUAUAUUGUAGAUAUAACAUAGAUAUGCGAAAAGAGACAUCAGCCAAAUAAUUGCCAUGGAUAAGAGUUUGUCAAAUACUAUCAAUAACAAAAAAAAUGUAUGUGAAGUAUGACUAAAAUAAAUAUAUAAGUCCGUUGAAAGGUUUCAACAAUGAAUCAUAGGUCGAAUUAUUUGUUCAACUUCAUAUAAUAUAGGGUGUCCCAAAAAUGUGAAUCGCUUUAUGACAGGCAUUUUC